CUGACGCUGUGUCGGGCUGCAGACAGGAUCUGAGCGGCUCUCUGCUGGAGGAUACGUACUUUUCUGUGGAUUUUACUCUUCUAACAUGACCCUGUGAAUGGACUGGUGGAUAUUCUCAGCUCUCCUGUCACGUACCGCCUCAAUGUCGCGGGAGAUUGAUCGCAGAGACUUUUAAUGUGAGCCUGGAAUUACGCAGAGAAGGCAGCAACAAGAAGCGACUGGGAAGUGCCGAGUGUAAGUUUGUUGAGCGACACAAGGACAUUACAAGCGCGGCUGGUUUACGCACAAUGGCGCACUACAGGCUCUUCCACACCGCUUUGACUUUGUUAUUUCUGUCCGUGCUCCUGAACGCGGGGAUAUUCCGAGUGAACGGGCAGUACGGCGGUGACAGGGGAAUGUCUAUACCGGAUCACGGCUUCUGUCAGCCAAUUUCCAUUCCACUGUGCACUGACAUCGCGUACAACGAGACGAUCAUGCCAAACCUGCUAGGGCACACCAACCAGGAGGACGCGGGGCUAGAGGUGCACCAGUUCUACCCUUUGGUCAAAGUGCAGUGCUCCCCGGAUUUAAAGUUCUUCUUGUGUUCCAUGUACGCGCCCGUGUGCACCGUUCUGGAGCAGGCUCUCCCCCCGUGUCGCUCCUUGUGUGAGCGCGCACGCCAGGGCUGCGAGGCGCUCAUGAAUAAGUUCGGUUUCCAGUGGCCGGACAGCCUGGCCUGCGAGAGUUUCCCCGUGCACGGCGCCGGGGAGCUGUGCGUGGGGCAGAACAUGUCGGACCGCACGGACGAUCCCCCGCACUACCCCACGGAGCGCGCGAUCCCGGAGCUCCCCACGGGUCAGUUCAGAUGCCCGACCUCUCUCAAAGUGCCACCCUAUUUGAACUACCGCUUCUUGGGUCAGGAGAACUGCGCAGCGCCUUGUGAACCAAAAGGCUCCCACGGGAUGAUGUACUUUUCAGAAGAGGAGCUCAAAUUCGCGCGCAUUUGGAUUGGUAUCUGGUCCGUUUUGUGCUGCGCGUCCACACUGUUCACAGUUCUGACUUAUUUAGUGGACAUGAAGCGUUUUAGCUACCCCGAACGCCCCAUUGUUUUCCUAUCCGGGUGCUACACCAUGGUCUCUAUCGCCUAUAUCGCUGGAUUUCUGCUGGAAGACAAGGUGGUGUGCAACGACCGUUUUGAGAAUGACAUGAGGACAGUUGUGCAAGGGACCAAGAAGGAGGGCUGUACCAUUUUGUUCAUGAUGCUGUACUUUUUCAGCAUGGCCAGCUCCAUUUGGUGGGUCAUCCUGGCGCUCACCUGGUUCCUGGCAGCUGGCAUGAAGUGGGGGCAUGAGGCUAUCGAGGCCAACUCUCAAUAUUUCCACUUAGCUGCCUGGGCCGUGCCUGCGAUCAAAACCAUCACCAUUUUGGCAGUUGGACAGGUGGAUGGAGAUGUGCUUAGUGGUGUUUGCUUUGUUGGCAUCAACAGCGUAGACGCCUUAAGAGGGUUCGUCCUUGCGCCCUUGUUUGUGUAUCUCUUCAUUGGCACCUCCUUCUUGCUCGCCGGGUUUGUGUCACUUUUCCGGAUUCGUACCAUAAUGAAGCACGAUGGCACCAAGACGGAGAAACUGGAAAAGCUGAUGGUACGGAUAGGGAUUUUCAGCGUCUUGUACACAGUCCCUGCUACUAUCGUCAUCGCGUGUUACUUCUACGAGCAGGCCUUCAGGGACCAAUGGGAGAAAACGUGGAUUAGUCAAACAUGCAAGACGUACGCAGUGCCGUGUCCCGCCCACAGUAAUCCCAACAUGAGCCCGGACUUUACCGUUUUCAUGAUAAAGUACCUCAUGACUCUGAUCGUUGGAAUCACGUCCGGAUUCUGGAUCUGGUCCGGAAAAACGCUUAAUUCAUGGAGGAGGUUUUACACAAAACUGGCCAGUAGUAAACAAGGAGAGACCACUGUGUAGCCUCGUGUAGGACAUUGGACUACUUUUUAUGACAAACUGAAUGAUUUUUAUUACAAUUUUUUUAUGAACUUUUAAAGGACACAUUUUUAUUGUACAUAUGCAUUUGUGAGAUUUUUGUAAGUAUAUAUUUGUAUUUAAAGUUUAAAAAAAUACUUAAAAAAAA